ACACGGUUUCGCCUCUUACCACUCUCACGCUGUAUUACCAGUAGAGCCACUUAACGUGUGCGGUGUUCGUGCCUUGACUGUUAGUGCAGAUUUUUUUUUACAUAAAUUUGUUUGCCUAACGUGUCGUUUGUAACAGUAUUGAGUGUUAGUAGGCUAACGGAACGGUUGAUCCACUCCGUUGUCAACAGAACGGUUUAACGUUACAUUUAAGAUAGCCGACGUCAGAGUGAAGCUUCUCUUCCAUCCAGCAGACACGGAAGAAGAGGAGAUGACUAUAAAGAAAACAAAGUAUUUGUCUCUGUGAACUCGUCCUCCAGUGUCUAGUGUUACGGCCGUUGCUAUCGAGUAAAUGAAUUUCCUGCGUAAUCGUUUGGUGCUUCUGGGCCUGGCGUUGCUGGCCACCGUACUGCUGUACCUGCUGCUGCCGUCCAUACGUCAGGGCACCAAGGAGCCGUCCCGGCGCGCGCCAAGUGUCGGCCUCCUGGCCAUUUCCCCCCCUCCAGUUCCCAACAUCAACGUGUCAGUUCGCACCGGACAGCUUCCCGGGGACCCGCCGCUCUUCUUUCGAGAGGCUUUACCCGUUGACUCGGCUGGACGCCAGAUACUGCCCAGGUUGCAAGUGGUGCUUCUGCAUGGCCAGGCCUUCACCUCUAAAACCUGGGAAGAGCUUGGCACCAUGGCUCUUCUCGCAACCAGUGGAUAUCAGGCUUUAUCCUUGGACCUGCCAGGCUAUGGCAAUUCGCCCGACUCAGUGACUCUGAAGAAUGACCAGAACCGAGUGGACCUGCUCUCCAGGUUCAUGGAGUCUUUGGGCGUGAGGUCAGCGGUGCUGGUGAGUCCUUCCAUGAGUGGACACUACUCCAUCCCUUUCCUCAUGAAGAACGGCGCACAGCUGCACGGCUUCGUUCCAAUAGCGCCGGUUGGUACGCGCAGUUACACGCCACAGCAGUAUCAAAAUGUUCAGACACCCACGCUGAUCGUAUUUGGGGCCUUGGACACUAAUCUGGGCGCCCAGUCUCACAAGAACCUGGCCCAGCUCCCGCAUCACUCAGUGCUCAAGCUGGAAGGAGCUCGUCACGCGUGCUACAUGGACAAACCCGGCGCCUUCCACCAAGGACUCAUCGACUUCCUUGGCAAGCUGAAGUGAGACGGACAGAAAAAGAUGACGUUUGCCUGGUAGGCUUGAUCACAGCUCAUCAUCUGUGACAAUGAAUACAAGACUGGGCAUACUUUAUUAUUAUUAUUAUUAUUUAUUCAUCUUCAUCAUGUGUGCAAUAAGCCUCCACUUGUGCAAUCGUGUGAGAUUUCUUUUAUGUCUCUUUGCAUGCAAAAACAACAAAAAAAAGCAUUACAUUUUGCGUCAGUGUUGCCAUUUUUGUAGGUGACAUGGGAGUUGUAAAUAUGCAAAUGUAGCAGCAGCCAGGUGCAUGUUUUUUGGGGGGUGGGAGGGAGCGUCUGGUUACUUCUCAUUUUAGCUGAAAGGAAACAAAUCUCACUCUCUGCAACAUGGGAAGAAAAUACAGUAUUAUCUAAAUGAAAAAAAAUGUGUUUAUUUAUAUGAUAAUAAAGUAACAUAAUAUAAUUGCAUUGUGUCUAGACAAUUAUUUGAAG